CGAUUUUACAGUUACACAGGACUACGAUUUCCAGGUCGAUAUUUAAAACCCAAUUCCAUGCCCUAGAUUUCUCAACUUUCUCUCUCUCAAUUCUUACCCAAAAAUUUAUAGAUAAAGAAGAUAAACUCGGGAACCUUUUCUAUAAGAAACAGAAUCAAAUCAUAAGAUGACCGAUUACGAAGGAGGAAGAUACGAAGGAAACGGUACCGAUUUUGAUAACGAUAACUAUGGUAGCGCCGACGGCGGCGGCUCUUCUCCUCCGGCUCGUCCUGAUGAUCACAGUGAUUCGAAAUCUCAGCACGGGUCUCGUGACCACGAAAGGGAGUCUUCAAAAAGUAGGGAAAAGGAAAGAGAAAAGGGGCGAGAUAAGGAGAGGGAUCGAGACCGGGAUAGGGACAGGGAUAAGGAUCGCGAGAGGGACAAGGAUAGGGAGAAAAGCAGGGAUAGAGAUAGGGAUAGGGAAAGGGAUCGUGACAAGGACCGUGACCGUCAUCAUAGAGAUCGUGAUCGCCACAGAGAUCGCAGUGAGAGGAGGGAACGGGGAAGAGAUAGAGAUGAUGAUGAUUAUCACCGAAGCCGAGACUAUGAUAGGGACAGGCGAAGAGACUAUGAUCGAGAUAGGGAAGAGAGACAUAAACGUCGGUCACCAUCUCCUUCAAGGGGCAGAUCAGAACGCAGAUCCAAAUCCCGCUCCCGUUCCCGCUCACGUUCGAAGAGCAAAAGGAUCAGUGGUUUUGAUAUGGCUCCUCCCCCAUCUGCGAUGUUAACUGGUGCAGCGGCGGUGGCUGCUGCUGCAGGUCAGAUUCCUGGGACAGCUCCUGCUAUUCCAGGAAUGUUCCCCAACAUGUUUCCUUUAGGGACUGGUCAGCAGUUUGGUACUCUUCCUGUUAUGCCAGUUCAAGCAAUGACACAGCAGGCUACUAGGCAUGCUCGGCGGGUAUAUGUUGGAGGGCUUCCUCCUACAGCUAAUGAACAGUCUGUAGCAACAUUUUUCAGCCAUGUAAUGGCUGCUAUUGGAGGGAAUACUGCAGGCCCAGGCGAUGCUGUUGUAAAUGUUUAUAUUAAUCAUGAAAAGAAGUUUGCAUUUGUGGAGAUGAGAUCUGUUGAGGAGGCUAGCAAUGCAAUGGCUUUAGAUGGGAUUAUCUUUGAGGGAGCUCCUGUCAAGGUGAGGAGACCUAGUGACUAUAAUCCGUCUCUUGCUGCUACACUUGGUCCAAGCCAGCCCAAUCCAAAUCUGAACCUGGGUGCAGUUGGCCUAACUCCAGGCUCUGCUGGUGGGCUUGAGGGUCCAGACCGCAUCUUUGUGGGUGGGCUUCCUUAUUACUUUACAGAAGCACAAAUCAGGGAGUUGUUGGAAUCUUUUGGGCCUCUUCGAGGUUUUGAUCUAGUCAAAGAUAGGGAAACUGGGAACUCAAAAGGAUAUGCAUUCUGUGUUUAUCAAGAUCUUUCAGUUACAGACAUAGCUUGUGCUGCCCUGAAUGGAAUAAAAAUGGGUGAUAAAACUCUCACUGUUAGGCGUGCCAACCAAGGUGCUAACCAACCUAAGCCUGAGCAAGAGACUGUACUGUUGCAUGCCCAGCAGCAGAUUGCUUUGCAGAGGCUAAUGUUGCAACCUGUGCCUACUAAAGUUGUAUGCCUAACUCAAGUUGUCACUGCGGAUGAGCUCAAAGAUGACGAUGAGUAUGAAGACAUAUUGGAAGAUAUGAGAACUGAAGGCGGGAAAUUUGGUGCAUUGGUGAAUGUUGUUAUCCCACGCCCAAGGGGAGAUGGUGAAGCUGCAGCAGGAGUUGGGAAGGUGUUCCUGGAGUAUGCAGAUAUUGAAGGUGCUUCAAAAGCCCGGUCAGGGAUGAAUGGGAGGAAAUUUGGCGGAAAUCAAGUUGUGGCUGUGUUUUAUCCAGAGAACAAGUUCAGUCAGGGAGACUAUGAUGCCUAGCUGCCUCCUGCAAUUCGUCACUUGGAUUUUGCAUUCAGUGACGUUCUAUUAUCAAGCACCUAUAGCUUAGAUUAUGAUGGUGUGGUAGGAUGUUAUUGCUGAUAACUGGAGGGGGUUCCCUUUUGGUGUUCUAGUUUGCUGCUGUUCUAUUAAAAGGAGUUGUAACGGAUGAUAGUAUUCACCCUAGUUCAGAUGAACUCUAAUUUCAUAGUGGGUUGUCAAAACAGUAUCUUGUUUAAUAUAUAGCCGUUUAUUUUUUUUUUCUUUA